UCUUAAUUUUUAUAUAUGCAUGUUUGUAUCAACAUAACAAAAGAAAUAUUCUUCCUAUCAGUUAUUUUGAUAUGCGAUUUGAGUUUUAUAAAAAGGAUGUGUUCAUCAAUCCCCCGCAGCAGUUGUGCACUUGGAGUCCGGACCCUCUUUAUUGCGGCACUCCUUAGUGUUUUCCAAUUAUCAAAACAGGACUGUGUAUGGUUUGGAGUAUGUAAUACUGAUGCCUUUAAUCAUAAUCAAUACUGUUCCUAUAAUGGGACAGCGAAAGCAAUGCCUAACGAUGGCUUAAAUUUGUUAAAAGAGCGUUGCAGCUUUCUACUUGAUGAAAGUCAAACGGAGUUCUGCUGCGAUAUUAAUCAGGUGAAAAUACUAAAUGAAAAUGUAAAAUUAGCCGCUGCAAUACUAGAUCGAUGCCCAUCUUGUAUGUCUAACUUAGUUCGACACAUAUGCGAGUUCACUUGCUCUGCGAAUCAAUCCCAAUUUGCACAUGUGGCUGCCACGCAAAAGAAUACAGAAGGUGUUCCCUAUGUCAGUUCUUUGGACUUGCAUAUUACGACAGAAUAUAUGAACAAAACUUAUAAAUCGUGCUCCCAGGUUUCUGUGCCACAAACCGGUCAAUUAGCACUUGAUCUAAUGUGUGGAGCUUAUCCUGCAUCACGCUGUAGUCCUUCAAAGUGGUUUAAUUAUAUGGGAGAUGUAAACAACAUAUAUGUUCCAUUUCAAAUAACAUAUAUUCAACACCCAACAAAUGCUUCAAUAAAUGGAACUGUGCCAUUAAACCCACACACUUUUCCCUGUAACAAAGCGAUAAAUAGCUUAUUACCUGCUUGCUCGUGCAGUGACUGUGAAUUAUCUUGCCCGAAAGCCCCACCAAAAACCGAAUUUCCCGAGCAAUUUAAAAUAGCCGGAUUUGAUGCCUAUGUCGUAAUAAUGUCAUCAGUUUAUUUUGUAGGAGUUUUUAUUUUCCUCAUGGGAUCAUUUGUAUUUACUCAAGAUUCGAUAAUAGAUGAAAACCUGACAAUCGAUGUUAACGAAGUUUCUAAUAGGACAAAUUUCCGAAAGAAUACGUCAUUUUUUGAAAAUCUGGGCGAUAAAACAGAACAUUUCUUGGAAAAAGUAUUUACCAAAUGGGGAACGUUUUUUGCAAGCUAUCCAUGGAUAACCUUAUUUGCCGGUGCUUUUCUAGUUUCAAUCCUGGGAUAUGGCAUAACGUUUAUACAAAUUACAACAGAUCCAGUUCAACUUUGGGCUUCACCAAAUUCCAAAUCUAGAAUUGAAAGAGAUUUUUUUGACACCAAAUUCGAACCAUUCUUUAGGAUAGAACAAAUUAUAAUCAAAGCUGUAAACCUACCAAACAUAAUACAUAAAACAUCAAACGGACCUAUUACAUUUGGCCCAGUGUUUCAUAAAGAUUUCCUUACUGUGGUUUUUAAUCUUCAAGAAGAGAUCAAAAAUAUAAAUGCAAAUGGAACAUUUCUAAAUGAUAUAUGCUAUGCUCCAUUAUCAGAUGAGAAAAGUGAUAUUAAUACCUCAGAUUGCAUUAUUCAGUCUAUAUGGGGAUAUUUUCAAGAUGAUUUAAGUCGAUUAGAAGAAACAGAGGAAGAUAAUGGGUUCAAUGUAACUUAUUUGGAUGCGAUAUAUCAAUGCACGAAUAAUCCAUAUUUAUGCUUGGCUCCUUAUGGUGGGCCUGUAGAUCCUGCAAUUGCUUUAGGUGGAUUUUUAAGACCCGGAGAGCAACUUUCCGGAAACACAAAAUACGAAUUAGCAAAUGCUUUAAUUUUGACGUUUUUAGUAAAAAAUCAUCACAAACGAACAGAUUUACAAAAUGCGCUGCGGUGGGAGACUUUUUUUGUUGAGUUUAUGAGUAAUUAUAAAAAAAACAACAUAAGUGACUUCAUGGAUAUAGCUUUUACAACUGAGAGGUCAAUAGAAGACGAGUUAAAUAGAGAAUCCCGAUCAGAUGUUUUAACAAUUUUAGUUUCAUAUUUAAUUAUGUUUAUGUAUAUUGCAAUAUCGCUCGGCCAUGUUAAAGAAUUUAAUAGAACUUUUAUUGAUAGUAAAAUAACACUUGGUUUAGGUGGUGUUAUUAUAGUAUUAGCUUCAGUAGUUUCUUCUGUUGGAAUAUUUGGAUAUGCGGGUAUUCCUGCUACCCUAAUUAUUGUAGAAGUAAUACCAUUUUUAGUAUUAGCUGUCGGAGUCGACAACAUUUUUAUUCUUGUUCAAACUCAUCAAAGAGACCAUCGAAAACUCAAUGAGCUGCAUGAACAGCAAAUAGGACGAAUUUUGGGUCGUGUUGGACCAAGUAUGCUUCUAACUUCUCUAAGUGAAAGCUUUUGUUUUUUUCUUGGUGGCCUAUCUGAUAUGCCUGCUGUAAAGGCUUUUGCUUUAUAUGCAGGUAUCGCCUUAAUAAUUGAUUUCCUAUUACAAAUUACUUGCUUUGUUAGUUUAUUUACUUUGGAUACUAAACGAAAAGAAGAAAAUCGUUUAGACAUAUGUUGUUUUUUGAAAGGAAAAAAAUCUGAUAUUAUUAAUAACAGCGAAGGGCUUCUGUACAAAUUUUUUAAAAGUGUCUAUGUUCCAUUUCUAAUGAAAAAGAUUGUUAGAGUUCUUGUAAUGAUUAUAUUUUUUGCCUGGCUAUGUGUUAGUAUUGCCAUUGCCCCUAGGAUUGAUAUUGGGCUAGAUCAGGAACUGGCUAUGCCUGAAGACAGCUUUGUUCUUCAUUAUUUUAAAUCAUUGAAUAAGCAUCUUAACAUUGGUCCACCAGUGUAUUUUGUCCUUAAAGGUAACUUAACAUAUGAAAAAAGUUUGGUUCAAAAUUCAGUUUGUUCAGGUCGAUUUUGCAAUGAUGAUAGCGUUUUAACUCAAAUUUAUUUAGCGAGCAGACAGUCAAACGCAACAUAUAUUGCUCGACCUGCAUCUAGUUGGAUUGAUGAUUAUUUUGAUUGGUCUUUAUCAUCUACGUGCUGCAAAUAUAGCCCACAAAAUGGAGACUUCUGUCCUCAUCAAGAUACUUCGUGUACACCUUGCGAAAUAAGAAAAAAUUCUCUUCAACGGCCAGACGAACAUGAUUUUGGAGAGUACUUGCCAUUUUUUUUAAAGGAUAAUCCGGACGACUCAUGUGCCAAAGCUGGUCAUGCUGCAUAUAACGGAGCUAUUAGAUAUUCGAUUGAUCAUAAAAAGCUACAAGUUGAUGCCUCCUAUUUUAUGGCUUACCAUACCAUACUUAAAAGCUCCGAAGACUAUUUCUUAGCAUUACAGUCAGCUAGAAAGAUUUCGAAAAAUAUAACACAAAUGUUGCAAGGCAGAUUAAUCUCCUUUGGUGUACCUAUCGAAUCAGCUCUAAAUGUCGAAGUUUUUCCGUACUCAGUAUUUUAUGUUUUUUAUGAACAAUAUUUAACAAUGUGGGCUGAUACACUGAAAAGCAUGGGAAUUUCUGUUCUAUCUAUUUUUAUAGUUACAUUCAUAUUAAUGGGUUUUGACAUACAUUCCGCUUUGGUGGUUGUUAUCACGAUAACCAUGAUUGUCAUUGAUCUAGGAGGCUUAAUGUAUUAUUGGAAAAUAUCUCUGAAUGCUGUAUCAUUAGUUAAUCUUGUUAUGGCAGUUGGAAUAUCAGUAGAAUUUUGUUCGCACUUAGUGCACAGUUUUUCUCUUUCCAAAGAUACAACUCAAAUAAGUCGAGCUUCUGAUAGUUUAACGAAAAUGGGUAGUUCAAUUUUUUCUGGUAUAACUCUUACCAAGUUUGCAGGCAUUUUAGUGCUGGCGUUUGCUAAAAGUCAAAUCUUUCAAGUUUUCUAUUUUCGUAUGUAUUUUGGAAUUGUUGUAAUUGGAGCAGCUCAUGGUCUUAUCUUCUUGCCGGUUUUAUUGAGCUAUAUCGGUGCUCCGUUGAAUCAAGCCAGGCUCAGACGUCAAUGUGAACAUCCAACUGAACACGAUACAGUACUUUCUGGAAUUUUAUAAUUUUAUACCAUACUUGCAAUAAACAGUGGAUUAUUUUUAAAGUUAAUUGGUUAAGGUGUAAAAUUGUCGAAUAUGUAUACAUACACUUAUAGGUUAUAUAUAAAUAUUCCAUAUGUAAGUUAACAACAAAUAUAUUUACAAACUAAAA